UAAGUUGAAAAAGUUAUGGAAUUAAUUACGGGUAAAAACUGAAUAAAACAUUAAAAAAUACCUAUGACACAAUUUCUUAUGCUAGAAAUUGAAACUUUCCCCGUUUAUGACGUCAUCAGCAUAAAAAUUGCUCUUAUGAUUGUGACAUGUGCGAAAUCGAAAUGCUUUGAUUAUAUGGUUGUGGUGUGGUUUUGCUGACGUUUAAUGUUUAAAAUGCGUUUAAUAAAUUAAAAGUGGAAAUAAAAAAUAUUAUUAUAGGAUUUUUUUGCGUGAAAAACAAGAAUUUUAUUUGAAAAUGACCCAAAAACAAUUAUUAAUUGUAGAAAAGUGUGGUUCAUUAGGAAGAUCUGUUUUAUUUUCCAGAGAAGAAGGUAUAAAUACUGUUGUAAGUAGUACUUCUGCAGAAACAUUCUCAACAUCACUAUUACAACGAGUACAAGAUCUUUUUAGAGAAGUGUUUCUUCCUCAUGGUUAUCCUGACAGUGUCAGCGAAGAUUACUUGGAGUUUCAAAUAUGGGACACUGUGCAAGCUUUCUGCAGUACAAUAACUGGUACAUUUACUACACAAGCAAUAUUAAAAGGUGUUGGAGUAGGUGAUGCAGAGGCAACACCGUUUGCAGCAGCGGUGACAUGGAUUGUAAAGGAUGGAACAGGAAUGUUGGGAAGAAUUAUAUUUGCAUGGUGGAAAGGGACUGGUUUAGAUGCAGAUUGCAAAAAGUGGAGGCUUGUGGCGGACAUUCUAAAUGAUGCUGCAAUGUGUCUUGAACUUUUUGUGCCAAUGAUCAGCAGUUAUUCACUUCAAAUUUUAUGCAUGACAACUACAAUGAAAGCAGUGGUGGGAGUAGCAGGAGGGGCUACCAGAGCUUCUUUGACACAACAUCAGGCAAUUAAAGGUAAUAUGGCAGAUGUAUCAGCAAAGGAUGGCAGUCAAGAGACGUUUGUGAAUCUUGUAGCAAGCUUCUGUGGAAUAUUUCUACUGGCAAUUUUAACAGAGCCUAGGCAGGAAUGGGCGUUGUUUAUAAUAUUUACUGUAAUCCACUUAUUAGCGAAUUAUAAAGCAGUUUGUGCAGUUAAAUUUGCUCAUUUGAAUAUAUCACGUUUGGUGAUAGUUUUGGACACAUAUAUAAGACAUAAUACAGUUCCAAAUCCCCAAACAGUCAAUAAAAAAGAGCCUGUUGUAAUUGGAUUUGGACCCAAAGUCGAACAAAUAUGUGGUUAUAAAAUAAAAAUAGCUACUUCAUUCCAAAGUAUUGCAUCAAGUAUUAAAUCGUCUGAAUUAAGGUAUUACAUCGAAGCAUUUAGUUCACAGAAGUAUUUGUUAAUUCCUUGUCCCAAAAGACGAAUAAUUUAUAUAGCUCUUCAAAAUGACGAGACUUCGGAAGAUGUUAUUUCUGCUUAUUUCCAUGCAGUUUUAUUAGGAAUUGCUACUUGCUAUUACAACGACGUUCCACUGAAUUUGCAUUUAAAAAGACAACUACACCAUGUUACUCCAGUUAUGAGAUUGUAUAUUGUAUUGAAGGAAUAUACUCGAAGUGUUGGAGAAUAUGAAAAAAAUCUACCUUUUGAUGUUCUCAAAGCUUUAAACGAUUUUGUUAUACAGGAAAAGCAAAUGUUUUUCACAGCCUUGAAAAUUAAUAGAUGGAAUACAGACCUUCAUGCUCUUGAGGUGGGAGAAUGGCGUGCUAAUUGGAGAAUAGAUUCAAGUGAGUCAUAUGGUCAUUGCCAUCACAGUAAAAAGGAUAAUUAAAUAUUUUAAGUACUACCUUAUUAUUAUGGAUGGGGGUUUGUAUGUUAUGGUUAAAAUUGAACAUGUGAUAUACCAUUAAUUUUUUAUGUAUUUAACAAAUGUACAUAUAUCAUUUUUUAUUAAAAAUGUACAAAAAAAGUGCAAUACAUAUUUUCUAGGCAUU